GGGAGGACACGGACCACGAGGAUGUCGUCCCUGUGUCUGCUGAUCUCCCUUUGUCCACUGAUCGCAAGGGAUAUCCUGGGGCUGGGGAUGGGGAGGAGCGAGUUUCUGGUGUGUCCAGUUUGGGGGAGGGUAUCUUAGAGAAAACUUCGCCAGUACUUGAGAAAGAGGUAGAAAUAAGCGGGGAAAAUCCUGAUGUUCAGGUCAUGCUGAUGGAAGAGCCGUCUUUGAUUUCUGAGAAGGAUGAUGAAGAUGAGGAUGAUGAAGAUGAGGAUGAGGAUGAUGUGCCAGUGCUCGUCAGAAAAGUUGUUGUAGCAGACGAGGACAGUAAAGAAGACGUAGCUAGAACCGGCGCGGACAAACCAGGUCCCGAUGAUGUCCCGGAUGGAGAUGUAAACACGACACCAGAAGUCCUCUCUGAGCAGACGUCUGUGGUCAAAGACGUGACGGACAGCGAAGAGCAGAGCACUGCCCCUAUAGCAGACGGUGGUGCGACUCCAGACAACGUUGAGUGGAUUCUUCUUCCCUCAGAGGAGGGCGACUUCACCUGGUCCCGUUCUGAGGGAGAAGAUCUCCGACCACAAACGGAAGAGCCUGUGGGGAGUAGCAAAGAACCAGAUCAACAGACAUCGUCCCCAACAGCGCGUGUUAUUGGCGUUUCUUUUAGUGACUCGUCGGAAGAAAGUGGGAGUUCUUCAUCGCUUGAGUUUGUCAGUUUUGAGGAGGAAGAAGAGGGAGAUAAAUCUUCUCCCGCUGUAGAGGUGGUUGUGGGGGACGCGGAGAGGAAGACAUCCCCUCCGGCCGAGAGAGGUGCUCCUGAGACAGAAAUUGGAGAUGCAGAAACUUCCUCGUUCCUUCUUUCUGUCGAUUCUAUGACGUCACCUGGUGGGACGGAAGCCGGAGACUCUACUGCAGUUUCGGACACAUCCCUCAUGGCGCCUGACACCAGCACGGAGCUGGACUCCUUUGUGGACGCCAUGGAGGUCGCGGAUGUGACAGACGACGACUGGCACCGAGAUAACCUUGACCUCAGCUCAGAGGCUACAGUCGACCUGUCCUUGACCAACAUCGUCCCUGACAGCUCUGAUGACGUGUCUCAGGAUGUCGAGGACAGUUCCUCGGAGCCUGGCUCCAGCGCUGGCGACGGAUUUCCUUUGGAACCGUUGGAUGGAGAAGAAAGUCAACCUGUUGCUGAUGUAGAUAGUGUGUCCUUGUUACCACUAGAGAGUGAGGAAAAAGACUUCACUUCUGUAGAUGAAGAUACAAACACACCAUUGACCGAUCAGGUGAAAAGGGACACUCCUGUAUCACACGUCGACCAUGAAACAGAUGGAGAAUGGACAGUUAUGUCAGCAGACGAUAUCGAGAUAGGUUCUUUUGCAUCAUCUGAAACAGCGGAUAAACCUUUGACUUCUGGGGUUGAAGAAAGACAAGUGGAUGCUCCGUCACUAGAAGUGAAGGUUGAGGUUAGAGAACGUCUCGGAGAAGAACAAGCUGUUGAAGAAACAGACAGCGAGAAGCCUGUAGAGAUAUCAUGUGAGUUGCCUGGUGAGACUCCUGUCCAGGAGAAGGACACUCCUGCUCUAGAUACCAUAAGUCCUCCAUCAGCUGAAGAAUCUCCGGUAUCGAGAGAGGACGCUCGUGUGUCACCGGAGGUUUUGUCAACAGACGAACCAACAACAGGAGCUGUCGCACUGGACGACGCAGGAGAAACAGACGUCACUGGAGUGGACAUUGAAACUCCUGUAUCACCUGAAGAAACUCCUGUGACUGUUGAAGAAACUUCUGUAUCUGUUGAAGAAACUCCUGUAUCUGUUGAAGAAACUUCUGUAUCUGUUGAAGAAACUCCUGUAACUGUUGAAGAAACUCCUGUAUCUGUUGAAGAAACUCCUGUAACUGUUGAAGAAACUCCUGUAACUGUUGAAGAAACUCCUGUGACUGUUGAAGAAACUCCUGUGACUGUUGAAGAAACUCCUGUAUCUGUUGAAGAAACUCCUGUAUCACCUGAAGAAACUCCUGUAUCACCUGAAGAAACUCCUGUCACAUUUGAAGAAACUCCUGUAACAGUUGAAGAAACUCCUGUAUCUGUUGAAGAAACUCCUGUAUCUGUUGAAGAAACUCCUGUAUCACCUGAAGAAACUGACGUGGUUGAAGAAACACACGCCACUAGAGUGGACGUUGACCUUUCCUGGAGCAAGUCGUCGACAGUAAGCAAGGUAGAGCGUACGUCAAUGACUGACCAAACUGUGAGUGGGACCACAACGGAGGAGCUGUGGGAGGAAAGUGUACCGGAGAUUUUAGAGAGUUCUUUCACCUCGGAAACUGUAGAUGAGUCUUUGACUUCUGACGUGGAGGAACGGAAAGUGGGUACUCUUGAUGAAGUCACGUCAGAGUCAAACGUGGAUCUGAGAACAGAAAAUGGUGAGCUUGAGGUUGGAGCAGAUGGACAACCUGCUACAGAUGUGGCCGUGGUUGAUGUGGAUGUCUCGUUCACGGACGUGACAACUUUCGAAAAGUCCGAAAUAACAUCCGAGAGUGAAGAAAUCAUUAGCUUGACCUCACGUUUGGACACCUUUGCUGAAGAAACGCCUGGAUAUAUUGAAGAACGUUCGUCCAGCUAUGAGAUACGCGUCAGUAAAUCUACGGAAAGAGAAACGGAACCUCCAUCAGAGGAGACUGAGGUUGAGGUGAGGCCACAGAUUGAGAGAAAAGACGUUUUGGAACCAGAGGACAUCGGCCCAGCCACAGUUGAGAGAGUGGAUGGAUCUUACACCAAACCUGAAGUGUGGGAAGAGACGUCUAAAACAGAGAAAGUUCUCGCAUUUACGGCUAGUACAGACAUCCUUGGGGAAGAAAUGCCGGCGUUGAGAGAAACACUCCCACUUGCCCAGAGACCUUGGGGAGAGCAACCCACGUCCGAGAUAUUCCCAUCGGAGGAAGAUGACAUCACACCGGUCACUACUGUAGAGGUGAAGGUCAGGAGGUCAAGCGAUGCCACACCUGACUCGGUUUUGCACGAUGAAGAUGGUGCCCCAGUUCCGGUGACGGAAGAUGGACGACCGACAUCUCCACAGACAUCGCCUGAACCUCAAAAGACGGAAGUGGAGAUUUCAGUAAUUAAGUCCACGCCGGCCGCGGUGACAACAACAACCGUUGCCAUAACAACGACAACCGUCAUGUCGGAGACGUUGACCAGUGCUGUGACAACCACCACGGUUCUGGCAUCGACCACCACGGCGCCUACAACAAUGUCCCCGAGCCUUGACCUUGACCUUUACCUGCAGCCGGAGACUUCCGUCCUCGAUGACCUACGACCUCUGGGAGAGGACGAGAUUGUCCCACACAGAGAGAUCUCUGCUCCACGUCACGAGGUCAUUGUGAUGAAACGAGCUACGUUCACUGGGCCCAGGAGAAUGGAAACGGUCAGCAGACUGCUGGAGGUGAAGCCAGAGCAAGAGAAGAACCAGAGUGAGAAGCCGAUGGUCAAUAUUGAUAUCUCCGUGAACGAGCAGAGAGCCGAGCAGAUUUUCAAGCGACUGGCCAUGAGCCGAGAGGUCACUUCAAUGGUGACGAUGCGCGAGAGCAGCGUAUUCUCCACGGAUGAGGAGAUGUCCAGUCCCUCGCUGGACACAAGCAUGGACGCCCCGCCCUCCACCCGAGACUCCUCGCUAGGACCAGACUCUGGCUUGACCCCUGACGAGUACCUGAGGACGAGGAGACCCUCGCUCCGCCGAGACUCCUCGCUAGGACCAGACUCUGGCUUGACUCCCGACGAGUACCUGAGGACGAGAAGGCCCUCGCUCCGCCGAGACUCCGAGACUGUGAUCAGAGAGACACUCGUGCCCUGGACACCCCAGGAGCUGGCAGAGACUGAAGAUGAAAACGACAACGUCGACGAUGACGGGACAGUGAUGCAAAUCAACAUCUCGUUCGAUGGGAUGGAGAAGCGCCUGUCCUCUGAACGUUUCACCGCGAGCCAGGAGAGAACGAGAAGGUCAAGGUCAAAGACUCGCGAAAGCUCUGAGGGAGAGUCUGAGGGGGGCCCUCUGGACAGGUCGUUGGUUUCUGAGUCCAUGUCGUCGCUGCCGGAAGAUGAAGAAGAGAGCGAUGACGUCAGCGAGAUCACAAAGGGGCUGAAGAUCCCAGUGGUGACCGUUGAGUCUGAGGCAGAAGAUGAAGACGGCGCGGGCAGGAUGGAAGAGACUGUCCUGGAAGUGGCCAAAAUCGUAACGGUGACCAUCCGAUCUGACAAAGUGACCAAGAACGUGUCAGACAUCUCCAUCAAGCUGGGAGCGAAAGGCUUGGGCUCAGGGACUGCCGAGAACCCCCUGACUCUGCCCGAUGUGUCGUCCCUCUCUGACGAGAUUAUGGACAGACUUCGAGAAGUACAAGUGAGCAGAAGUCCCUCCGUCGACAGAUCCUCGCUGGGGAUUCCAGAAAUCAUCACUGAACAUCCGGCGGAGGACGAGGUGUGCGGACCAGAGGACUUGGUCAUCUCAGGACUUGAACCCGGGUCAGAAACUACGCCUUUGGACACUCAUCAAGCCGGGAACGACGAUGAAAUGAGCCACAACUACACACAGUCAGAAACGUCAACACAGUCUGAGAUGUCUGUGAGAGAAAAGCCGGACGAGCGUGCCAUAGACGUGGACAGUAAGGGAGAGGUGAGGGUCACCACGUACCCACGUGAAGAAGACGGUGAUCAGAUCUCGCAGGAGGAGAAAGACGCGGACUACGCGGAGACUCCUUUCUCUAGCAGAGAGACCAGAGACGAUCUGGCCACUGAGGAAGUUCUUACAGGAGAACCGGACGACCGGCUUGUGGAGACUGGCGAUGAUGUCUCGAAGUCAGACGAUCUUGAUCUGUUGCAGGAAACAGAACUGUUUGAAACCUCAAAUACAGAAAGGGAAACGGUUGAUGAAAUGCAUACUGAAGAAGCCACUCCAAUGAAGUCACUUCAGAAGGGGGUUGAGUCUGGUGAGGAUGUCAGAACUGAAGACAAACUUAAAGAAGAGGUUCAAGAAGCUACAGAGGCUUCCAUGGCAGAGAAUGCAAGUUUGGAAGUCGCAGUCACUCUUUUCACUGAGUGUACCCCUGUUACAUCAGAGGACUCCAGGCCUCAGGGCGACCAUGGAGAGAUAACCGACCUCAAACAGUUGAAGGUGGAGGAGGAAUUUCGUUUUACCGAAACCCAAACCACGGAACGAGAGAUUGUUCCAGAGAGUUUCACCGCGGAAGUAACGUUGGCAGAAGUGGACAUUGCGAGCGUCCAGCGUGGGGGAGAGGAAGAGCAAGAAGAAGGACAAGAUAAACAAACCGAAGAGCAGGAACUGGACGAUGCGGAAGAAAAAGAUGAUAAGGUAGAUGAUGAGACUGUCCUGGGUGGUUUACCCGAAGAGUCUGGAAGAAAUGAAGAAGCUACUGACAUUGAACUGGAACACGGCAGUCUUCCAGAAAGUGAGGCCUUAAGAGAAGAGAGGCUGGUCGAGGGGCUUGAAACUUCUGAAGACGUUCCUCGGUUAGAGGAGGGAAAGGCAACUCUAGACAGGUCUUAUGUGGUUUUGAAUGAUGAGCCGGGAAGCCCACAGAGUCGGACGUACGACAGUUUCGCUGACGACAGUCAACUGGACUACGACACGGCUGAGGAAUCGUUCGGUGUUCUCUCCACGAUCUCCGAGAGGACCGAGGACUCCACCUACCAGAGCACCCUCUGUGACGACGACGACGAUGAGUUCUCUGAAGAUAAAGACGACAACAUCACAACUGAAUCUGACGAUACCAGCUCAGAGUUGGGAUAUGCAGACGACAAAAAGUUAAAGAAAGAUGAAGAAACUGCGUCUCUUUCCAGAGAGAGUAUCGAAAUUGAUGUUCAGAGAGAUUCGUUAUCCCCCGAGGAAUGUUCUAGAGAGAAGGUUGACGAUGUCCCGGAAAUACAAGAGAAAGAGGACAAUGACUCUCGUGAGAGGGAAGGCGUGGGUCAUAUGGCAACCAGUCCAAAGGACGGACAGAAACACGCCGACGAGGAGGCCACUGCAGAAAGAGGGAACUUUGCUCCGGAUGAAGACUGUAAGUCCUUACCCGAGGAAAUUCUUGUUCGAGAAGUAGCAGAGAAAUAUGAGCAAGUCGAUAGAUCAGAGACUUCACGAGGUACACACGAGUCUGUGGUUGAUGUAAGCACAGACGAGAGGGAAACUGGUGGGGAAAGCUUAGAUUAUGAUAUUGUUGUUGGCGAAGAACGAGAACCCAUCUCUGACCUUACAGGGAGACAGGACGCUAGCCACGAGCUUGAUGCUGGGUUGGAGAGAGAGCGGGAAAGUGAGAAAGUUGUGGAAACUGAAGUAAGACCUACCGGAUGGGAUGAACAAAUGGGUAUCGAAGUUGCACAUACUCCCAGGGACCAUGAACAAUUUGUCAACGAAACUGAGCCUCCAGGAGAUCACGUGACACCUGACCUGUCCGAUUCGGAAGAAAUGUCCGAGAGGUCAGUCUCUGACGACAGUCUGGCCAGCAGAGAGGAACUGUUGGAAGUGAUGGAGGACUCAGACGCUGGGAGACAGAAACUGACAACUCAGACUGAUGUUUUGGAGGAAGAGGACAGCAUAGGUCUUGCCGUACGCUCAAAGAAGAAGAAAAAGAAAAAGAGGAGGCUGAUGGGGAUAAAAGAAGAAGACGAAGAAGAAGAGGAAGACGAAGAAGAUGACGAGUUCGACGAUGAGGAUGAAGAAGAGGAGGAGGAAGAGGAAAAAGAAAAUGAAAGGGCUAGAGUAGUUGAAGCACUCUAUGAACGGGGUAAUGAACGGGGUGUUCCUUUAGAUCGAUCAGUGGACGGGGAGGAUGCGAGACUGCGGUCUGAAGAAGUUCUGGCAGAGAAAGAAGAGUCACUGUCGGAGAAAGAGAAGCUGGUCACAGCCGAAGUGGAGAAGGAGGCCGAGUCUGACGAAGACAAGAAGGAGAUUUCGCCCCUGCCUACUGAACAGGCGGUCGUGGAAGAAGUCCCAGAGGAGCUGUUCGCCCCAGUGGUCAAGCAAAGACUGACCACCAUCACCACCACGGACGGUGGCCAGGCACGUUUCGAGACAGAGAUCGUUGGCCUGCCCACGCCCAGCAUCACGUGGUACAAGGACGAGCAGGUGCUGCAGCCCUCCGAGGAGUUUGAGAUCGCCUACAGCCAGGAGAACGUCGCCUCGCUCUUCAUACACGACGUGUUGCCAGAGGACGCCGGGAAGUAUGUGGUGGUUGCUAAGAACGACCUGGGCACCGCCACCACUUCCGCCAACCUGGAGGUCGAAGAUUCUGUGGAGCAAAGACAACCAACCGAUCGAAGAAGACUCGAGAGUGACCACUUCCUUUUCUCCGGAAGGAGACACCUACCAGACCAGCCUGACCUUGGCUGACGUCACACCAGAGGAUGCUGGCACUUUCAAGGUCACGGCCUCAAAUGACAUUGGAGAGGAGAGCGUGACAGUGUCUCUCAUCGUCAAUAAAACCCAAGAGGAGAAGACAGACUUCCGUGACCAGCUGACCGCUGCUGUUGUGGAGGUCAGCGAGGAGACUCAGCCCACAGAGGAGCAGGUGGACUUCCGGGGCGUGUUGCAGACGGAAGUUUCCGACACCUGCUCAAAUCUACGCGCAUCAAGUCCAAGAAAUUCACCACAGAUGUAGACGCCGAGGCAACAGUGUCCGAGGAAGUCCCCGAGGUAGAACAGGUGGACUUCAGAGCCGUGCUGCAAAAACCGGAGGAACAAGCCCCAGAGGAAGUCUUCGAGGUACAAGCCCCAGAGGAAGUCCUCGAGGUACAAGCCCCAGAGGAAGUCCUCGAGGUACAGGUCCCAGAGGAAGUCCUCGAGGUACAAGCCCCAGAGGAAGUCCUCGAGGUACAGGUCCCAGAGGAAGUCCGCGAGGCGCCCGAGUUCAUCCGCCCCAUCGAGGACGUGAACGUUCGCGAGGGCGAGCCGGCGCGCUUCGAGUGCCAGGUCAAAGGUGAACCGGCGCCCACUGUGGUCUGGUUCCAUGAUCAACAGCCGAUCAAGUCAGAUGCUGUGUACCAGGUGGUGCCCGGUGACAAUGGACAAUUCACACUACUCAUCUCUGAGGCUUUCCCCGAAGACUCCGGCGUCUACACUGCACGUGCCGUCAAUGAUGAGGCGGAGGUGGAGUGCUCUGCCACGCUCACUGUGGAAGGCACGCGAGGAGGUGAAGAAUCUCAAGGAAUCGCGUGUGACAUCAGAGAUCACCGUAGAUACGACCGUCACGCUCACAGAAGACCAGGAACGGCCGGAGCGAGAAGAUGUGGAGGAAGUGGGCCAGGACACGGAGCAAAGACACGCCACGGAGAUACAGCUGGACUUCCAACCUGACGUACCUUCGGGAGUUCCCGAACUAGUUUCGGUGCAGAUGGAAAUUCCAUCUGACGAGAAGAUCGAUGAAGACAUACCCGAGCAAUCUCCGGAAGAGGUUGUACAGGUUGUUGAAGAUGAAGUCCCUGAGAAGACUGCAGUGGAGGUGACAGACGAGGUGGAGGAAGAGCAGACGCCGGCCGAGGUUAGCGUAGAGUCUGUGGUUUCCGUGGUAGAAGUUGGCAAAGACGAGGAGGUGACGUCACAAGAGGAAGUGGUUCCCGAGGAGGCAACUGAGGGCGAGGAGGCCCGGCGCGAGGACGAACCCGAGUCCACCGAACCCGAAUCGGUCGAACCCGAGUCCAGCAAGCCCGAGACAGUGACUGUCGAGACUGUGGUCGAGGAGAAGGACGUUGAAGAAGUCUCGAGUGUGGAGCAAGAGGACGAGGCUGUCGUGCCUGUAUCAGAUGAGAUUGAAGCGUACGCCGAGAGAGUUGUCGCCGAUGCCGCGCGCGAGGCGGCCAAUGACGUCCAGCAGCUCGCCCCGUCUGGCGUGGAAGACUCCCAGCCAGAGACUGAAGACGCUGAGGUCCCUGUUGUAGAUGAAGAGAAGGAGGAAACAGUAGAUGAAACUGAAGGUCCAGUGGAGUCGGUUGUUCUUGACGUGAGAGAAACAGAAGAGUCCAUAGACAAAGCGGAGGAUGUGACAGAGACAAUUCAAGUAGACAUCCAACAAGAGGAUGUGUCUCCCGAGAAGGCUGAGGAGAUAGAGGAAAUCCCCGAGGACUAUUCUGCGUUUGAGGAGACCGUAGAUCAGCUUUUGAAGGAACAGCCAUCCAUCACAUCGGAGCAGGUCAAGGUCGAGCCCGUGGAAGAAGAUGCUGUGUCAGGGAGUGCCCAAGAUUCCAAACCUGUUGUGGAAGAGGCUGAAGCUGAAAUUGAAGUCUCUCAACCGGUAAUUGAAGAAAUUGAAGAUGAAAUUGAAGUCAGCAAACCGGAAAUCGAAAAGGUUGAAGCUGAAAUAGAAGUCAGCAAACCUGAGAUCGAAGAAGUUGAAGCUGAAAUCGAAAUUUCCAAACCAGUUGUGGAAGAGGUUGAAGCUGAAAUUGAAGUUGACCAACCUGAGAUCGAAGAGGUUGAAGCUGAAAUCGAAAUUUCCAAACCGGUUGUGGAAGAGGUUGAAGCUGAAAUCGAAGAAACCCAACCAGUUGUGGAAGAGAUUGAAGCUGAAAUCGAAGUUUCCAAACCAGUUGUGGAAGAGGUUCAAGCUGAAAUCGAAGAAACCCAACCAGUUGUGGAAGAGGUUGAAGCUGAAAUUGAAGAAACCCAACCAGUUGUGGAAGAGGUUGAAGCUGAAAUCGAAGAAACCCAACCAGUUGUGGAAGAGGUUGAAGCUGAAAUCGACGUAACCCAACCAGUUGUGGAAGAUGUUGAAACUGAAAUUGAAGUCAGCAAACCUGAGAUCGAAGAGGUUGAAGCUGAAAUCGAAAUAACCCAACCAGUAGUGGAAGAGGUUGAAGCUGAAAUUGAAGUCAGCAAACCUGUGAUUGAAGAAGUUGAAGCUGAAAUCGAAGUUUCCAAGCCAGUUGUGGAAGAGGUUGAAGCUGAAAUUGAAGUAACCCAACCAGUUGUGGAAGAGGUUGAAGCUGAAAUCGAAGUCAGUAAACCUGAGGUCGAAGAAGUUGAAGCUGAAAUCGAAAUAACCCAACCAGUAGUGGAAGAGGUUGAAGCUGAAAUUGAAGUCAGCAAACCUGUGAUUGAAGAAGUUGAAGCUGAAAUCGAAGUUUCCAAGCCAGUUGUGGAAGAGGUUGAAGCUGAAAUUGAAGUAACCCAACCAGUUGUGGAAGAGGUUGAAGCUGAAAUCGAAGUCAGUAAACCUGAGGUCGAAGAAGUUGAAGCUGAAAUCGAAAUAACCCAACCAGUAGUGGAAGAGGUUGAAGCUGAAAUUGAAGUUUCCAAACCAGUAGUGGAAGAGGUUGAAGCUGAAAUUGAAGAUUCCAAACCAGUUGUGGAAGAGGUUGAAGCUGAAAUCGAAGUUGGAAAACCUGAGAUCGAAGAAGUUGAAGCUGAAAUCGACGUAACCCAACCAGUUGUAGAAGAGGUUGAAGCUGAAAUCGAAAUUUCCAAACCAGUUGUGGAAGAGGUUGAAGCUGAAAUUGAAGUUUCCAAACCAGUUGUGGAAGAGGUUGAAGCUGAAAUCGAAGUUGACCAACCAGUAGUAGAAGAGGUUGAAGCUGAAAUCGAAGUCAGCAAACCUGAAAUCGAAGAAGUUGAAGCUGAAAUCGAAGUUACUCAACCAGUUGUGGAAGAGGUUGAAGCUGAAAUCGAAGUUACUCAACCAGUUGUGGAAGAGGUUGAAGCUGAAAUCGAAGUCAGCAAACCUGACAUCGAAGAAGUGGAAGCUGAAAUCGAAGUAACCCAACCAGUAGUGGAAGAGGUUGAAGCUGAAAUUGAAAUGUCUGAACCGGUUGAAGAAGAUACCGAAAGUGAAAUGGAAGUUUCGAAGCCUGUCAUUGAGGAUAUUGAAAGUGAUUUUGAAGUAGGUGUGGAAUCUGCUCUUGAGGAUACAGCACAGGAGAAGAAAAAAGUGUUUGUGGAGGAUGAAGUUGACGCGGACAAAGACAUCGACGAAAGCGAAGUUUCUGUGUCGGUGGUGGAGAGCGCCGGGCCUGACCUAUCAGACACCUCAGUUGCCAUACCUGCGGGACCACAAGAUACCACGACCUCGGAGUCUGUCUCCGACCUAGACACGCCUAUCUCUGCUGACGUCAUGCCUACUGACGCCUCUGUUCCUGAAGGGGCGGAGUCUGACUUCACAGUCACGCCCACCGUUCAGCCAACUGACGUGGAGGCGGAGUUUGGCCUGAGGGAAGACGACAAACCGACGAGAGAGGUGGAGGAGGUGGAUGUUGAGGUAGAGAAAUCUGAGCCUGUUUCCGAAGAGGUCACUGUCGAUGUGACCUUUGGCCCGCAGUUCAUCAGUGAACUCAAGGAUCAAGAGGUCAAUGAAGGUGACACUGUGACCUUGGAGGUCACGGCCACUGGUGCUCCCCAACCAGACGUUAAAUGGUUCCGCGACGAGGCAGAGAUCUCGCCUGACGAGCGCCAUGAGGUCAACGAAGUGGACACCACCUACUCGCUGACCAUCCGUGACGUGACGGAGGAGGAUGACGCGGAGUACACAGUGACGGCCACCAACGCAGUGGGCAGUGUGUCCACCACGGCGGAGGUGUUCGUUAAUCCUGCUGGAGAAGCGCCCAAGUUUGUGACCUCUCUCGUUGACGUCACUGUCGACUUCUCAGCACCCAUCGUCCUUGAGGCCAAGGUCAAGGGCGAACCAAAGCCUGAGGUCACGUGGCUGUUCAACGGAAAGGAAAUCAUCGACACCCGAUACAAAGUUGAGUACGUGGAGGACACUGUCCGCCUCACCAUCGAGCGCUCAGAGUCCGUGGACGCCGGAGAAUUCACCGUGACCUUGACCAACAAGCACGGCACGACCUCCAGCACCGCCAAUGUCACGGUCACCAUGGUGGCCCCGACCUUCACCCUGCCCCUGGCCGACACACGGGUCAAGGUCAGCGACACCGCUGACCUCCGCUGUGAGGUUACGGGUAUUCCGAGACCCGAGGUCCAGUGGCUGGCUAAUGACCAGCUCAUCGAGGACUCCCCAAAGUACGAGACUGUCUACAAGGACACGGCUGCCAUCCUCAGGGUCAAGGACGUGACCCCGGAAGACUCCGAGGUGACCUUCACCUGCAGAGCGAGCAACCCGGCAGGAGAGGCGACCACGUCUGCGAGACUCCUACCCCAAGUUCCGGCUCGCAUCCUCACAAAACCGGAAGCUGUGGCAGUGCUGGAAGGGGAGACAAUCGAGGUGGUGAUCACGAUCGAAGGAUCCCCGGAGCCGACCGCGGAGUGGUCAGUAAACGGUCACUUCGUGGUACAGGAUGACCGUCACCACAUCAGCGUCACAUCCAACACCGUCACACUGACCAUCCCGGCGUCACAGGUGACGGACACAGCCACCUACUCGCUGACCGUUACCAACGACGUGGGAUCUGACACCACAACUGUCGACGUCACUGUCACCAGAC